CCAUACUGUAUUCUGCCGUGAAACUCAAAUGCGUCUGAUGUCGCUCUACAUGUUGCAUGAUACCAAGCCAAUCAUUGGCCUGUCCCGUUACAGGUAACGACCAUCCAUUGGCUAAAAUACCGUACGGUUGGAGGUGCACGAUGACGAUGUACUCUCACGAGUAGCAGCUGACCAGCUCUUGGCCUUCCGCCUUUCCGUCCCUCUGAUCCGCAAUCGUAUGCAUAAUUCAAGCUCCGCGAAGUGACCUGGCGUCAAUCGAUGAAAUUAAUUCUUGGUAUUUCAUCUACUUACCAUACCAUAAUCAUCUGACUUGCUUUACCACGAAAUACAUUUCCUCUUCUAAUUUUUCUUGGACUUGCUUGUUGCUUCUCUGAAGUCUGAAUUGUCAUCUGUCCUAAAUACAUCUGGAACCUACCUCAAUGGUGUCCAAUAUAAGGGUCAAGCCAGUCAAAAGCGUUUAUACCUCCACUCAAAUAGCACAAUAUCUCACGCACAUUCGCUUCCCUGGAUUCCUACCGAAUAGUAGCGGUGAAUUUGUGCAAGGAGCCGUACCAUGUACACUCGAAAACCUUGAAUUGCUGGUGCAACAUCACCUUGUUACGUUCCCUUUCGAGAACACUCCUAUGCAUUACACAGAGAAGCAUGAGAUGGAUAUUUCUCCGGCAGGUCUCUUCGAAAGGCUUGUAGUUGCUAAAAAGGGGUUCGGGUCCUAUUGUUUUGGACAAAACGAGCUCCUGCUCAACGUACUUCGUGGACUUGGAUACAGGGCGUACCCAGGACCAGCACGUGUAAACCAAACUCCUCCCCACACCGGCUCAGACUUACUCGAAUUCACGGCACAGUCACACAUGGUCCUAUUUAUCCAACUCCCGGAUUCACAAGAUGCAUAUCUCGAGCCAGAACCUCCAAGGAGGGUAAAGGAUACGUACCUCGUUGACGUUGGUUUUGGCGCUCAAUGCCUCGUACGGCCCAUUCUCCUCCGCGCAGGAAGUACCGUCCGGGGUGCUGCUCCACCAGAAGAACAUCGUCUCGUCCGUGGACGACAUCCUGAUUCCUCUCUCAUACCGCGCCUCGAAUGGCACCUUCAAUAUCGAUGUGGGACGUACGUUACCAACUGGCAGACGGUCUAUCAGUUUGCACUACAUGAAACAUUCCCUAUUGAUCGACAGGCUGCGAACUUUGCGGUCAGCCAGCGUCCAGGAUUCGGUCCUUUCCUCGAUAAUGUCCUCGUUGUCCGUCAUGUAUUCCUUCCUUCAACCCACACGAACCCGGCUUCGGAGAAGGAAUUGGAGUCCGAUAAACCGAAGGAGAGACAUAUGAAGAGGUUGAUUUUAUUUAGUGUUAAACUAAGCAGUAGGGUGGGUGAUCAUGUCGAGUGGGCUAAGGGGUUCUCAAAUGAAGAAGAGAGGGUCGAUGCGUUGAGGGAAUUAUUUGACAUGGACAUACCGAAGGGAGCGGAGAAAUACAUCCAAGGGAGACUUGCUCAGCUUAGUAAUAGUAAGAAUGGCGGUAGCUUCAAGAUACAGUCAAAUAUGUCAUAAUGCAUAAUGUGGUAAUGUAUAAAUGUCAUAAUGAAUGACUUUUUCUCAAAACCAAAUGGUCAUUCUCUGCCAAAAUGCAAUGCCAUAAUGCAUAAAUCCCAUAAUGAAUACAGAAAUGACCUCUCCCAGCAUUAUGCGUUACGACAUAUUCUACUGUAUAGACCUGUAUUGUGUACGUUAGA